CGCCUUUUCCCUCUCGGGACGCUCUCUCUCUCUCUCUGGUGCGUGAAAGUAAAAGGUAUUCGUUGCAUCUUCUUGUAUCGAGAUUAGGGUUUCACUGUUAGGUUUUCUCGUUGAAUUCUUUUCCAUCUGCGUUGGAAUAGCGUGCCGAUGGGCCAGAUCCAGUACUCCGAGAAGUACUUCGACGACACUUACGAAUAUAGGCAUGUGGUUCUCCCUCCUGAAGUGGCAAAACAGCUCCCUAAGAAUCGGCUUCUCUCUGAGAAUGAGUGGCGUGCAAUCGGGGUGCAGCAGAGCCGAGGGUGGGUCCACUAUGCAAUUCAUCGACCUGAGCCACACAUCAUGCUUUUCAGGAGGCCUCUGAACUACCAGCAGCAGCAGGAGAAUCUGGCUCAGCAGAACAUCCUUGCCAAGUGAAAUGUCUCUUGCAUUGCCUUAUCCUAUCUCUAGACAUUAUGAUACUCAUUUCUGGUGGAAAUGGGCAUGCUACAUAUUGCCUAGAAUUUGAAGUUUGGAUACUUCUGUAUGAGUUGAUAGUGAGGUUCUCUGUGGAGAAUUUCUUAUUGAUGCUUUGUUGGUUAUGUCACGGAUGCUUGGUGUAAAAUGUUACGGUUGGUUCUUGCUCACUGUUUGAAAAGUUGACUUUUGAUGUA